UGAUGAGCGGAUCUGGCCUGUUUUAAUAGAAACCGCAUCUUUUAGGCCUAAAUUGAUUUUAAUUGAGCUUUUUAUCCAACGUUAGUUAAUAUUAGGAUGAGUUUGACCUUCUGAGCGUCAUUUCUUCAUUUGAACUCGUGAUUUAUUUCAGAUGAUCUGUGUUAAGUCGAGCUACAGAUCGCGUCGUGUCGGUUUCUGACUUCCGGUUCAUCAUCGAGUUUUCCGCUCGUCUCGUCUAAAGUCACUCGACAUCUACAUCGUCUCAGACACAGAAGAGGUUAUUAAUAAUAGCAGCUCUCUGAGAGAUGGACGGACGUGUGUUUGUGUUCUUCUGUCUGCUGACGGCUGUGAGACCGGAUGAUUCUUCUCCGCUGAUCAGUUAUGAUAAGAAAGAGAAGACGUUGAAUUGUACCAAAGGAAAAUUUGGUGACGAAGCUUCAAUACGGGUGAAUUAUGAUAAUUCGGGAAUCCACACGUGUAUACCUUCAGGUGUAGACUGUAAUGACGAAAUGUCCAACUGUCCAAAAGCCCUAAUUAAAGUCCUGAACAGCGAGAACCUGAUCCAGCUGGACCCCAUGGCUCUGGUCAGUGUUAUCGUGGGUGAUAUUGUAGUGACCGCUGUGAUCGGAUGGGCCAUUUACAGCAUCUGUGCUCAGCCCGUGACCAGAAGCAGCUAUCAGGGGAAUAAAGCCUCGGACAGACAGGCUCUGAUCAAUAAUCACACUCCGUCAGGAGGAGACACGUAUCAGCCGCUGAACACGCGUGGAGAUGAGUACAGUACUCUACACGCACAGCGCAAACAGAAGAAGCAGCCCGUCUGAAGAUAUCAGCCGAAGAAACUCAUCUUUACAUCGCUCUUGAUUUCACGCUCAUGUUAAUGUAGAUGCUUGUGUGGAUGCUUCAAAUAAAUAAAGUCUGUCUUUACUGUUA